UGCAGACACCCCUUUGCAAGGCGGCUGUCAAAGCUUCAGGUCUGGGACUGGGAACAGGCAGGCGCUGCUGGACGCGUCUGUCCUCUCUACAAACCAGGAACCUUUCCCGUCAUAAAAUGCAAAGUAGCCAGCCGUUUUGCAUUACCCCCAUCCCCAGCCCUCCUGGUCAGGUGGUGUGGGAGGGGUCCAGGAGAAUAUUUACCCUCUGCUCUGGCCUUUGCAUUUAACUGAACCCUGUGGCAGCUGCUUCUCUGAGCACAGCCCCCGUGGGCUCCGGCCCAGCCGCACCCCUCAGGCUGACUGCCGAGCUGACCAAGAGCUGUGUCCAAGCCCAGGCUGGGCUGGAGCGCCCCGGAAGCUGAAGAAGCCGGUCUAGGAAACCAGGAGUGUGUGUGGUGGUGAGUCUGGUGUGUGAGCAUCCACUUCAAAUCGGGGUGGCGAGCUCAGCGCCGGCAACCGACGCUUGGCUCGCUUGAACUCUUUCAGCGGAGGAGUUGCGGCUGCUUGUUGGUGGAACUCAUUCACCUGUAGGAACCCGAAUCUGGGCAGGGAGGAGGGCCCGGCGGCCAGAGCACUCUAGCUAACGCAGCCUCUGCAGGCAGCCCUCCCGGUGCCAUGUCGGGUUGCCACCAGCAGGGAAGCAAGUGUCGGGGCUGCUCCCGGAAACUCUAGGCCUCCGGGCUCCACUCCCCAGUUCUCUGCUUGUGCCUUUCGCCCCCAAGCGCCAUCAACUUGGCGUGCCUCGAAGGCCAACUUGGGCAGACGCCAGGGCUGCAGGUUCGAGACGCUCCGCCUCCUUCUGCCACUUGCAGCCGCUAGCGCCAGCAGGAACCUUUCCACUCAUUCCUAGUCUGCAGUCACUUUCGGAACUUUGCUGGCUAGUCAGGUCCUCUGCCUCCAACCGCUUGCCUGGGACAUCCCCGGGGCCGGGCGAUCCGUUCUUUCCCGAUAGAACGGACGCCCCAACUUUUCACGCGCGGUCUCUGCUCGCUGCCCGGUGUCCCGUUCCUGCGCCAAGGGGCGCGCGCGUCUUCUGGGGUCCGGCAACGCUCCCAACCUCUCAGCUCAACACUCCUCCUCCCCGCAGCGAGUGUGGGGCUGGCUGAGCCCGGAUCACUUGAGCGUUCCCAGCGCUCCGAAUUCGCCCCCGCCUCGGAACCGACCCUCGAGGAGGGACUAAGUCCCGGACGUGCAGGCCUCUUACUCCCAAACUCAAGUCAGCUCCAGUCUUUUCUCCCUGAACCCGGUGCGGGUCGCGGGUCUGCCAGGCGGGCGGCGGGCGGAGGAUCGCGGCGCUUGGGGACCUGUCGCCCCGUCGGGUGCCAUGGCCGGCUGCUGCUGCCUGUCCGCGGAGGAGAAGGAGUCCCAGCGCAUCAGCGCCGAGAUCGAGCGGCAGCUUCGCCGGGACAAGAAGGACGCCCGCCGCGAGUUCAAGCUGCUGCUGCUGGGAACUGGUGAGAGUGGCAAAAGCACCUUUAUCAAGCAAAUGAGAAUCAUCCAUGGAUCUGGUUACAGUGAUGAAGACAGAAAGGGGUUCACGAAGUUGGUUUACCAAAACAUAUUCACCGCCAUGCAAGCCAUGAUCAAAGCCAUGGACACUCUAAGGAUACCGUAUGUGUGUGAGCAGAAUAAGGAGACUGCCCAGCUAAUCAGAGAAGUGGAAGUAGACAAGGUCUCUGCGCUCUCCAGGGACCAGGUGGAGGCCAUCAAGCAGCUCUGGCAGGACCCCGGGAUCCAGGAGUGUUACGACAGGAGGAGGGAGUACCAGCUGUCGGACUCUGCUAAAUAUUACCUGACGGACAUCGACCGGAUCGCCAUGCCAUCCUUUGUGCCAACGCAGCAAGAUGUGCUCCGCGUUCGUGUGCCCACAACUGGCAUCAUCGAGUAUCCAUUUGACUUGGAAAACAUCAUCUUUCGGAUGGUGGAUGUUGGUGGGCAGAGAUCUGAAAGACGGAAAUGGAUUCACUGUUUCGAGAGUGUCACCUCCAUUAUUUUUCUGGUUGCUUUAAGUGAAUAUGACCAGGUCCUGGCUGAGUGUGACAAUGAGAACCGCAUGGAAGAGAGCAAAGCCUUAUUUAAAACCAUUAUCACCUACCCCUGGUUUCUGAACUCAUCUGUGAUUUUGUUCUUAAAUAAGAAGGAUCUUUUGGAAGAGAAAAUCAUGUACUCUCAUCUAAUCAGCUAUUUUCCAGAAUACACAGGACCAAAGCAGGAUGUCAAAGCUGCCAGAGACUUUAUCCUGAAGCUUUAUCAAGACCAGAAUCCUGACAAAGAGAAAGUCAUCUAUUCCCACUUCACAUGUGCCACAGACACAGAGAAUAUCCGAUUUGUGUUUGCUGCUGUGAAAGACACAAUUCUACAACUCAACCUGAGGGAAUUCAACCUAGUUUAAAAGCUGCUGCCAUCACCCCACACCCUGGGCGGUACACCAAGCCCAUUACUGCUGGCCACAAGGACAGAGAUGGGUGUGGGCACUUCUAAAAUAUUUGAGUUUAGCAAAUCUUUCUUUAGUCUUUAUUCCCAAAUUGUUUUUCUUUUUCUUGACUUUUGGCUAUAAGAUUUAUAUAAUUUUUGAAUUUGAUAUUUUAUAAAAUUUUUAAAAGUCACUCUGAUUUACUUUAAAAAAAAUAUCACAACAGAGGGGUCUGUUAAUUUAUAGAUCAUGCCAUGAGACCUCUAAUUAUUUUGGGUGACAUUUUUUAAAUUGCCUAUAAUUUACAGACAUUUUUAAUUGACUGUUUUUUUCUCUCUUCAUGUUGAAGUAUGAUGCUUCUGACAUGCCACCAAAGAUUUUUAAACAGUUGGUGUUUUUUGUAUUAACUAAGUCAAAUUAAAGCCUAUAUCAGUACAACUCAUUUAGUUUUGCCACAAUUCGAUCAAAGUUGACAUCAGGUAAACAGGCUCUCAAAUGCAUAUUGUUGUAUUGGUGGAAAAUGUGCGUAUAUAUUCCAGUGUAUAUGACCAAGUCUUUGAAACUUAUGAAAUAGCUGAAAUUGUCUGACAAAUAUAAUGUAACCCCUGCCAAAGUUUUGAUGGCCAACACAGAUUUGCUGUUUGAACCAUGUAUGCUAUGCCUUUCUGAGGAGGCUAAGAAUAUACCAUUCUGCCAUUA